AUGGUCGCCUUCAACAGAUUCUUCAGCGCGGUCUUCCUUGCCGUAGCCUACGCGUCGGUGUCCCAGGCCGUCCCCUUUGAACAAGAUGUGAAGCAUGCUACUCACCGCGUUCGCGAAAUUGGUCGGGGCCUCAAGGUCGAAGUCUUCCACCCACCAACUUCAUACUCGACUUUUGGAGACGGCAUUUCUGGACCACUACUCAAGGGAGGCGAUCUUAAAUCGCAAACAAUCGCGGCUGUUCGCGAACGCAUUGGCGUGGACGAAGCCUCCAUCACUUUCAAGUCGGGGUACUCGCAAUCGUCGGAAUCUUUUGGAUACGUUAAGCAGCAACACAAUGAUAUUCCUUUCGCCAACGCUGUGGCUAAUGUCGCCUUCAAGGACAAUAAGCUAGUCGCCUUUGGUUCGUCGUUUGUCAAGCCGAAGAAAAUAGCGUCUUCAACCCCGAUUAUCUCGCUAGACAAGGCCAUUUCCAUAGCAGAGAAUGCACUCGAAGGUAAACGCAACGAACACCCUGCUGGACUGGAGUACUACGUCACUCCCGGUGGUUCUGUUGUCCUCACCCAUGUCGUACAAGUACAGAACGAGGCCACGGACGCGUGGUUCGAAGCGUUUGUCGAUGCCCAUUCUGGGGAUGUGGUAUCCGUCACUGACUUUGUGGCCGAUGCGUCGUACCACGUCCUUCCCAUCAAUAAGAUGGUCAUUCCCGAAGGGCUGGAGACUAUUGUCGACCCGCAGAUCACUACUGCGUCGCCGAACGGAUGGCAUAAUGAUGGUUCUUCUGAAUCUGAUAGCACUACCGGCAACAACGUCGUAGCCUACAAGGGCUCCCAAUCAUCUCUCACCAAGGAAUCCUCGGAAGGCCAUGUCUACACCUACGUCGUUGAUCCCGAUACAGAGCCCAACACCACUAACAACCUCGACGCAGCGCGCACCAAUGCCUUCUAUGUCUCCAAUAUGAUCCACGAUAUCACCUAUCUGUAUGGCUUCACCGAGGCCGCAUAUAACUUCCAGAAUACGAACUUUGACAAAGGAGGGAAGGCGGAAGAUAAGGUGUUGAUGUCGGUCCAGGAUUCGUCUGGCACCAACAAUGCCAAUUUUGCUACGCCACCCGAUGGGCAGUCGGGACGUUGCCGAAUGUAUUUGUGGACCAUGACUACGCCUCGGCGAGAUGGAUCGUUUGAGAACGACAUUAUCGCGCAUGAACUCACGCAUGGACUCACGAACCGCAUGACCGGCGGUGGGACCGGUAGAUGCUUGCAGACAACUGAGGCCGGUGGUAUGGGUGAAGGAUGGAGCGACGCCUUUGCCGAUUGGCUAUGGCAAAAGAACGGUACGAUCCAAGAUUACAAGCUUGGCUGGUAUGUCUACAAGCCCGAGGGUAUACGCGCGUAUCCAUACUCCACUGACCCCGCCGUCAACCCCUUGAAGUACUCCAAUGUCAAAGGCAACUAUGCGGUCCACAGCAUCGGGACAGUGUGGGCCAACAUGCUGCACAAUGUGCACGCCGCCCUCCUCGCCGACCAUGGGUACUCUGAAACGGCAUUUACGAACCCGGACGCACAGGCAGACGCCGGCAACGUCGUCUUCAUGAGGCUCUUUAUUGACGCGUUAGCGAUUCAGCCAUGCAAUCCGACAUUCGUUAACGCUCGCGAUGCGUGGCUCCAAGCAGAUGUGAAUCGCUACGAAGGAACUCAUAAGUGUCUUAUCUGGAAGGUGUUCGCUUCCAAGGGUCUUGGAGCUAACGCCGACAAGUUCGUUGAUAAUUUCGAUGUCCCGACUGAGUGUAAAGACUCGGCGGAGGAGGGAGGGGAGCCUGAGGAGCCCGAGAUCCCAGAAGUUCCAGAGGAGGAAGAGACCAUCAGCCCGGGCGAGGGGUGGCUGUAA